UAAAUUAGAAUGUUGGUUAGAAAUUAUAUAGCUUUUAUGAGGCAACCUUCUUAUUUGAUCCUAAUGUAUCUUUUCGUACAUUCUAAUGCCAGAAACCAACCUAUGCGAGUCCAUAGCAUGGUAAAAUAUGCAGCAAUAGCUCGGGGAAACGCUGAGGUUUUUAUAAAGUUUGCAAGAUCUGGGUAUAAAGAGAAGAUAUGGGAUCACGCUGCUGGUGUUGUCAUCGUAGAAGAGGCUGGUGGGGUUGUAACGGAUGCAGGAGUUUGCCCCUUGGACUUCAGUCGGGGAUUGUACUUAGAAGGUCUUGACCGGGGGAUUAUUGCUUGCUCUGGGCCGAUACUGCAUGAUAAAAUCAUUGGGGCUGUAUAUGCGAGCUGGGAUUCUUCUAAUCUAUGAGACAUCCUAUAUCAUGACAAUGCAGUAAUACUGGAGUAUUAUAU